AUGCUGGCGACUUUGCACUUUACGGCAGCUACUUUUCCGUGGCCGGAAGAGGUCUCUUCGGCCAUGUCCGACCUUUUCGCAAUCAUGAGCCUUGUGCCGAGGUUGGCCACGGUGCAGUUUGCGUCGAAGUGUCGCGCUGGGGAACUGCUACCGGGCAGUCGGGCAGCGACGAUGGCUGCCCCGGGUAUUUACUUUGUCACCAGUCCCAUCCUUGCAAUCAUUGGCCUUUUUCUCUUUGCCGCGUUCAUGGUCUAUCUGGUCGUGCCUAUUGCGGCCUGGGCCGGACUUUACUUCAACGACUUCCAGCGCGACAAGAAGAAGCGGGACAAAUUGAAGAUACAAGCCCGGGAAGCCUUUGACGCAUUGGCCGAAGAGCAUCGGCAUGGUCUCGUGUGGACGGACCUGCAGGACUCCGGCAUUCUUGAUGAAGUGGAGCUGAACAUCUUUGAGCACGGGAUUGAUCAUAUGGAAAGCUUCAUCUCAGGCACUCACGAUUGGGGCUCAUGCAGUGCUGAAGCCAAACGGCCGAUUCUCGCGAAGCUUUGUGUCCACAAAGCAUCCCAGGAUCCGCGUCAAGAGCAACUUCGUGCCGAAGUUCGUCUGACAAUGGAGGAGUUCAAAACGAUGCCCGAUUUCAGUACGAAGGGGCAUGGCGAGCGCGGCUUGCUGGAGAUUCUGUUUGACAAGUCGUGGCGUGGAAAAAAUUCGUCCAUUUUUUCAGAUCUUGGCGAGCCACCAGCAGCGCUUCACGAUUUUGUGCGCCGAGCCUUAGCAUGGAAACUGCGACAUCGAGUGGAGCACAGAGCGGCUGACUGGGGAUUAGAUGUGGGCACAGUCGCGCUGGCUGUCUGCGACAGUUUCAGCACAGCACGAGAGCUGCAUGUUUCAAGCGCAGACGAGUCGGGUUUCGACGAGCUGAUUGCCAAGACAUGCGAACGACUAAGUCUGGAAAGGCAGCGACGAAGUGAAAAAGAUACCGAAAUUCGGGCGCCCGAGCCAAUUGCAAGUGGGCUCGAUCCGGACACCUUGGACUUCGGUUUGUUCACGUCUCGGCCGAGACCUUCCCAGCUGCUCCAGCAGUGUGUGCCAGUAAUUUGGGUGAUGCUUUUGGCAAUGUGGCCGGAGCUGUUGUCUCAAUUUCUGAAGAUGGUUUGGUGUGCGCCUUUCUCCGAGGAUAACAACCGAGGCCUUACAGAAGUGAAGCAGCGCUUGCUUCCACAUCCAGAUGUUGUAUGCUGGAGCUUCGAUCAUUUUGAACUGGCUCUCAUCGCUUCAAUCGGACUGGUCGUGUGGUGCAUUGGCGUUCCUCUCCUCUUGUUCCUUCGUAUAUACAAGCUGAAAGACCGCCAGAAUCCUGAGAAUGGUCGGAGGUACGGUUUCUUUAUCGAAGGUUACGAACCUGGUUUCUGGUACUGGGAUAUCAUAGUCAAGCGCUUCGAUAUUGCCCUGAUGAAUUUGGUGACGUACACAUCUUUGGCAGAUGAUGAAAAGGCCAAGCUAUUGCUUUUCCCAUUCAUCUCUGGCGCUAUGUUGGCAAUUGCGGCUUGGUGCCGGCCAUUUACGAACGAUCAGGCUGAGAUUCUGGACUUCAUGGAGAUGUGCCUUUUGAGCUUCCGCUUUGUUAUGUUCAGUAUGAUUGCAGUCUUGCUGAUCUUCAACCCCUCGGCCGCGGUCACCUACGCUGUUGCAGGAACUCUCGUUCUAGCGUUGGGAUGCAUCUGCAUGUACUUUGCGCUGCACGUUAUGGUUCAGAUGCUGCGCACGUCUGCAGAAGAAAUGGGGGAGGAAGUGGAAGAGGACGAUGAUUCCAACGACCAUGCCCGUGAUGCGAAGACCACCCAGAAUCCCAAGGACAAGGGCAAGGGCAAGCCAAAUCCGAUCGUGGCGCUUGUAGGUGAAGUGAAAAAGACACUAAUUGGAUGCACUCUGCCACUCUUCGUGCAGGGUGAGGACGAGAAGCUUUUCGUAGAGUGGACAAUAACCACCGACAAGAUCAGGCUGGUGAGCUCACAGCCGAAGAAGUUGCGUAGAUCUUCAAGCUUCGCUCGAGUCGCGUCCGCUGUGAAGCACGCCAGGGCACAGAUCCUUCGAUUUGGGGCAAGCUAUCAGCGGCAGGUAGUUGUCAAGGCAUCUGGUGGUGCCUCCCUUCGGGUUUCCGAUGCCAUACUGGCAAUGGUUUGUGUUUGUGAUUUCGUGACUAUUCUUCCUCACUGGCUCUACUUGUGUGGCAUGUUGACAGACAUCCUCCUCAUCAUGGUGACGGUCGCGGUGGUGAUUGUGGUUGUGGUUGUGGAUGUGGAUGCGGAUGCGGAUGCGGUGGUUGUUGUUUUGUUGUUGUUGUUGUUGUGGUUGUUGUGGUUGUGUUUUGUUAUUGUUGUCGCCCUAUACUAUAGGUUCGCAACAGGCUCCCUUCGCCAAGCGUAA